GUCUAUCGUUUUCUCAAUUUCUCCUGAUUCUUUUCAAUUAUUCGAGAAUUGUAAUUUGAUUAUGACAUGUUUAUUUGCCUGUUUUGUUGAUCAUUGACGUCUACAUAAAAAAUAUUUAAAUAUUAAUACAGAUGCGUUCAAAAUAAAAUGUUGCGUUGACGUUUUCCUUCAUUUGUGAGAUCAGAUAUAAAAUACUUGUGAUUGCAUUAUAUUUGCAAAUUUGUUAUGAACAAUAGAGUGAUAAUCUAUAAUCAUUACAAAGAGCAUUUUGUCGAGUGUCAAUAAACGGAUAAGUCCGCACAAAAAAUAAUUGUCAAUGAUACAUUUGUCAAAGAAAUCUUUAUUCGAAUAACCGAGGUUAUCUAUUUUCGCGACCUCAUUGUGGAAUUAUUCCUAAAGCACUAUCAGUGUGUAUCGAUAGCAACGCGACGGCAAUUUGCGCGAGAUAUUCGCCGAGAGCGAAUCCGCAAUUAAUUUCGCUCUCGCGACGUUUUCCUUCGUGUCAUAACUAAGUUGCAUUUCUCGUGUGAUCACGCGAUAGAAAGGCAAAAGUUGAAAUCACUUUUUGAGAUAAUUACGACACAUCGUCUAUUAUCGAACUUGCACCGUAUCAAUGUCAGUGGAGAAACGAUAUUCGUCGGAAUCAGUGAAGAAAAUGCGCGUGGCCGUUGUGGGCGCUGGUAUAAUAGGAGUAACGAGCGCAUUCGCGGUAAAAAGUGCUUUUCCAAAUUAUGAAGUGAAAAUUUUCGCCGACGCAUUCUCACCUGACACCACUGGCGAUGGAAGUGCCGGUUUAUGGACUCCUUAUCUCCUUAAUGACACACCUAUCGAGGACAUAAUUCGUUGGGCCGCCAGUACACAUAAAUGGUUCGAGCAAUUGUGGAAAGCCGGAUUAUCGUUGGAAAUGGGUGUCUCUCUAGUACCUGUAACUCGUGUUACUAGCGAUUGCGAGAACGACAUCACUGAACCAAAAUGGGCGAAACUCGUCUAUGGUUUUCAAAAAAUAAGUAACGAAAGAUUGCAACGCUUGAAUGAAGAACACAAGUCUAAUUACAAGCAAGGUUGUCAUUUCAUAACUUACACCGCCGAACCGGCUCUGUUGCUGCCAUGGCUCAUGAAAAAAUUUGUUGCUUUGGGUGGAAAAAUGGAAAGAAGAAACAUUAAAUCGUUGUAUCAACUAGCCAAAGAAGGGUAUAAUUUAAUAAUAAAUUGCAGCGGUCUCGGUGCACGAGAACUCGUUGCGGAUAAAACGAUGACGCCUAUCAGAGGUCAGGUGUUCAGGGUGAAAGCACCUUGGGUAAUGCAUUGUUUUUUGGUGGACGAUGACGCCUGCAAUUACAUCAUUCCUAACGUUCACAGCGCUGUAAUAGGUGGCACGCAUCAAGAAGGCGACUUCGAUCGUUCCGUACGAGAGGAAGACUCGAAACAUAUUUACGAUGGAUGUUGCUGCAUAAUGCCGUCUCUAAAGGAAAGUGAAAUAUUACGCGCGUGGGUGGGCUUUCGACCGGGACGACCGCGAGUUCGUCUGGAGUGUGAAUGCCUCAGAUCGCCUAUGGGAAAAGAGUUCAAGGUGAUACACAAUUACGGCCACGGCGGAAGUGGCGUGACGCUGUGCUGGGGAUGCGCCAUGGACGUCGUGGAGAUGAUAAGAAACUUAAAAAUGCCCGAAUUAAAUUCCAAACUGUAACUUCCAAGACAGAAUAAACUUUUUAUCCUUCGUA